GGCAUCACAAGACUCUGCAACCAACAUCUUUAUGUCUCCUUUAAGUGUAUCUCUUGCACUUACACAGCUGUCAAUGGGUGCCUCAGACCAAGCGGAGAAACAGCUAUACAGGGCUUUACGGUAUCACACUCUUCAGGAUCCCAAAUUGCAUGCCACUCUGAGUGGACUGCUGGUCUCUCUGAAGGCCCCUGGAAAAGGCUUCACCUCUGCUGCACGUGUCCUAUUACCCAGAAGGUUGCGUCUUAAGCCUGGUUAUCUAAAUGAUGUGGAGAAGCAGUAUGGUGUUAAGCCUUCUACACUCACGGGGGGACCUCGCGAUAUGAAGACAAUCAAUGAUUGGGUGAAGAAAGAAACAGGUGGCAAGAUUAAUCCGAUCCUCUCUUCACCUCUGCCACGGAAUGGAGGCAUCAGCUCCGUAGGAGCAGCCUACUUUAAAGGUAAGUGGCUCACAAGGUUCAGCCAGACCAGUCUAAAGGAAAACUUCCACCUUGAUGGACAAGAGCCUGUUCGAGUUUCCAUGAUGCACGAGACAAAUUACCCUCUUAAAAUGGGAAAGGACUCUGAUAUUGGUUGUAUGAUAGCACAAGUUCAGAUGGAAGAAGGCGUCAGCAUGUUCAUCUUCCUGCCAGAUGAGGUCACCCAGAAUCUCACACAAAUAGUGGAAGUUCUGACAGCAGAGUUUGUGCAGGAUUUAUCCAUGACUCUUCAUCCCGCAAAGGCAGAGCUCACACUUCCAGUCCUGAAGCUUAGCUACGCCACUGAUUUCCUACCCUUACUGCCUGAUUUAGGUCUUUCUGAGUGGCUGGCCAACACAGAUCUCAUCAAAAUCACAGCUCAGCCAGCCAAGAUUUCUGGAGUCUUUCACAAGGUCGCCAUGGAGAUGGCCCCAGAGGGUUCACAGCGUGCCACUGCCACUGACCAGCCACUACAUAUGACCUAUAGAGUGGACCGCCCAUUCGUAUUUUUAAUUCGUGAUGAGCCAACAGGCACACUUCUAUUCAUUGGUAAAGUGCUGAAUCCUCAAGGAUAGAAAGUAUAAGUGUGUGCAUUCACACUUGGAAGAUCCACAGUCAUGCAUGUGACACAAAUGAAUAUAAUCUCUCACGAAAGUAUACUGUAUUUUCUAUAUCCUCCUUUAGCCACCUUGAUGGUGCUGCAAUUUUGAUGUACAAAGAAUAUGUAAUAAUCUGUAUGCUCUCACAUUGCAUUUCCUUUCAAAACUGCUUGGACAAUAAAGUCUGAAACAGGAAA